AUGGCAACAAAAUCAGACUUUGCGCAGAAACUGCUACACGAUCUCCGGAGGCGGAAAGAACGGAUGGCUGCAUCUCAAAGCUCAAGUAGUUCAAACACAAUGUCCAGAGAUGCACAUGGAAACCCUGGGCAAACCUACAGAGGAUCCCAAAAGAUAAAAGCACCUGAAUCUGUUGGUUCCAAAACUGUGACCUCUCAGAGAAGGCAGAAUGGAGGGAAUCGGGUACUGACACUUGAAGAAUCUUCACAACAGAUUGUUCCUUAUGGAAGAGGCCGAAACUCAGAACAACUAGGAGACCUGUCCAUGGCCCUCACUUUUGCACUUCAGAAUGGAGGAAAACUCAGUAAAUUGGAUUCUUCAGGCAAUGACUCAAUGCUAGGUUUCCUCCGUCAUAUUGGUAGGAAAUCACUGGACAUCGUGAAGAUACAACGAAGAAGCAGUUUUGACAAGCACCGCCCACCAACUAUCCAGUUCCCUACAAUCUCUCAUCUUCAUAUCAAAGAUAUAUCAAGAGGGGUACAGAACUUAAACCAGAUUCUAAGAGCCUGUUCCAAUGGCCUCAACUUUGAUGGGUAUUCCAUAGAAAUUGGGAAGGAACUGUUGAAAGGGGCAAUGGAUUUGGAAGAGUCCCUGAGAGUGCUUGCCAACCUGCAGGAAGCUUCAGAGUACAUGAUCAGCCCUCAGAGAAAAAGUCGAAUCAGAUUACUCGAGGAGGAUGAGGAGGAUGAAGAUAACACUGGUAAAAUAGUUGAACAGAAACAACUGGACCUGCCAAGGUUCUCCUUUGAUAAGCCCUCCAGGAAUUCUCAUGGCAACAAAGAGGUUGUGAGGACCGAUCGCAAGCAGAGGCUGUUGGCCUUGACGUAUGCAACUGAAGCUGCAACUCAACCCAAGAAGCAAGCUCCAACUACCUCAAAUUUGAUGCCUCAUAGGAGGUCCACCAGUUGUGGCCCGGAUUUCAAAUCUCUUUCGCCAUUCCAAGAAACAAGAAAUCACUCCAGUUCGUUCCACUCCACACAAGAAAAGGGGAGAACGGCAAAUGUAAUUGCAAAGUUAAUGGGCUUGGAAGAACCUCCUGAGAAGGUAGAUUCACAGAUCAAAGAAAAAGACUCAAGCUUGCAGCAGAAAGGAAUGGUAAUGCAGAAGACUGAACAUGCAAGAACCAAGAAUGUUACACCAAAGAUCAAAAAUGUCGAGAAUCAAGCUCCCCACACCAUUAAAGAAAAGUUGAUACAAGCCAACAAAAUACCACCAAAUCGAGUUACUACAUUUACACAGAGACCUGAAAAAAUCCAGGAGACCACGAAUGCCUACACUGACAUGAUGUUACCUAAUGGCAAACCACAAAGGCGGGACUUGGAAAAAGCAUAUGGAAUAGAUGCAGUGUCAGGCUCAACAAAGACUGCCACUUCCAUAAAUAUCAAACAAAGCAGCAUUAUCCAAUUGAAUCACCUUCCUGGAAGCCACUGGAAUAUACAGGAGAACGAAAGAGGGCACAAUAAUCCAAUGCAAAAGGAACAGAAAAGCACAGAAAAGGGUCAGACCAGGGAACCAGUCUUGAAGGAUGAGCGGCAGCAGAGAGCAGCACAGAAGCAUAGAAGUCCAGACAUUCCAGACAUACUGCAAGAAAAUGCUGAGAACAAUGAAAUUGCAAUUCAAGUGGAAAAGCAAAAUGCAAACAGGCUUCUUCCAAGCAAUCAACAGAAGCCCCGGGACAACUAUGGAUUGCAUCAGCUGCACAUGCUCCAAAAUAUAGAGCAUCAACAGGAAAAACACCAUGUUGAAAAAAGAAAGCAGACUGCCAAAGAGAAGAUGCAGCCCAGAAAACUUAAAGGAAGUCAAGCAGAACCCAAGGUUUCAUUGAAACCCACAUAUGGUUCAAGAAGUUUACAAAAGAAGCAGGCAGUUACGUGCCAAACAACACCUAGUAAGAUAAGUUCUAUGCAACCUACUGGUGCAAAUUCAGCUAAAGAGUUGCCAAAUAGCAAACACAAUGAAGAUCUUGCCAGAGAUGAAAGUUCAACCAACUCCAUAGCCAACCCGAAAAAGUCCAAGAAUGGAAAGUCAGAUCAGAAAGCAACUUUAAGUGGUGGAGUGCCAUCACCUAUACAAGAGAAUCCUGUGCAUGUCCCAGCCACAUGGAAGAAGGUAGAUUAUAUGCAAGUGCAAAGAAGUGAGACUCCUAAAAAGAUAGCUGGAGUAAUGACAAGACAAAAUGGAACUCUGCGUAACACGGCAAAACCAUUGAAGCGUCAAAUUUCCAUUUUGCAAGAGAUGAAACAGACAAGGCAUGACAAAACUAGCAGUUCCAGAGGAGAAGAAAAAUUCAGUGCCAAUUGGUCCAAAGAAGCAGAAGUGGGCAUCAUUGGAUCCAACAAAUCACAACCAACAAUGCAACCACUGAAUGGGGUACAACAAUUGCACAACGAAGCCGAAAAGACCACUACUUUGUACAGUUCUGUUGGAGACCCUAAAGUUCCACAAGCCCUAAUUUCAAGUGACAGUACUGAAAAUAUAGACUCAGAAGUUUUUAUGGUUCCUCAAGAUCACCAAAGACAAGCAACUAUUUUAAGAGAAGAUCCUGAAUUAAAUUCCUACAAAAAUCCACCAAAUUUGCUUAAUGUUGCAGCAGACCAGAAAAGAAGCAUGGAAAUUGGUAUACUUCCUCAACAUGAGCACAGUAAAAUGUCCACAUCAGGGACACCAGAACCAUUGACAGAAAAUGGAAAGCACCUAAGGAAGAUAUUGAUGACAAGUCAACUCUUCCUCAACACUGCAGAGGCACUCUUCAAGCUUAAUAUUCCUGUUGACAUUCUUCAUGUCAGAGAUCCUAAUUGUCAUGAUGAAGAUGCUAAGCUCAUAUUAGACUGUGGCUAUGAAGUAAUGAAAAGAAAAGGAAGACGACAAGAGCUCACUACUCAUCCCUCUGUGAAGAUAUCAAUCUGUUAUGUAAAUAUAAGCUCCUUCAAUGAUUUGGUCACACAGUUGUAUAAAGACUUUGAGAUGUUAAGAGCCUAUGGUCGGGAGGGCAGAGAGGAAUUAAAUGAUGCAGACUAUCUGCUUAAAAUGCUUGAGAGAGAUGUACAAAACAGAGAUCCAGAUGUGAAUGGUAUGUGGGACUGUGGUUGGAACGAAAAGAUGUUCGCCUUUUUGGACAAAGAUGGUGUCAUAAAGGAUGUGGAAAGGCAUGUGCUCAACGGACUCAUAGAUGAGAUCACGCAGGAUUUAUUAUAUGUAACUGCUUCCGUUUGAUCGAAAAGAACAACAAUGUCAUCUGUCAUAACUAGUUUCUGAAUAAUCUGUGGUGUAAAGUGAGUUUUGUAUGGCUGGAUUUGUUUUAUCGGGUAUUUAUGUGGAAUAUGGUUUUGCAAGGAG